UUUUACGAACUUCUCGGUCUGUUAUUCUUCCAUUAAUAUAAAAAUUUAAAAGAAAUUUACAAAAAUUAUUAGUUUAAGCAAAAAAAAAAGAGAAAUUUAAACAAUAUUUUUUAGGAGACAAGACUAAAUUUAAAUGUUUAAAAAAAUGUUUUAAACUGUGAAUUAAGCCUUACACUUUUAAGUGAAAGAAGCUUAAGUAUAUUUAAAAGAAUUUUGUACAUUUGCGUAGUAUAUAAAAAGUAUAAACAAAAUUUUUUUUCUAAUAGAUAUUCGAAUAAAAGAAAUUCUUUAGAUAUAUUUAGACUAAAACUUUUUUUAAAACAAUUUAACAAAUUUUAUAUGAAAAAAAAUGUAUGAGGUACAAAAUUAUUAUGAUGGAAGUCGUAAGUUUACGUUUUUGGCGAAUUAUUUUGGUUUAUCUGUUGAUUUGAUGAAUUUUUUAAUUUGUCAAAUAUCAGCAUUAUUUUUGGCAUCAUUAUUUCGCUCAAUUUUACAUCCAUCAAAAGUACCUGCUUCUGUUAGACAUGCAUUUGGUCUUAUUAUUGGUUUAUUUUUUGGAUAUUUUUGUUUUGGUCAACAGGCAGUACAUAUUGCUCUUCUUCCAGCAUUGUGUUAUAUCAUAAUAAGAACUCAAAAUCCAAUGGUAGUACAAAAAAUUGUAUUAUUCGUUGCUAUGUUUUAUUUACUAUGUAUACAUUUACAUCGUCAAGUUUAUGAUUAUGGUUCAUAUGCCUUGGAUGUAACUGGACCGUUAAUGAUAAUUACUCAAAAAGUGACAAGUUUGGCUUUUAGUAUUCACGAUGGAUUCACAAGGGAGCAUAAUCAUAUGACGAAAGCCCAACAAUAUCACGCUUUGAAAAAACUUCCAUCUGCUCUAGAAUUUUUUUCGUACACACUUCAUUUUCAAGGUAUAAUGGCCGGCCCAAUGGUUUUUUAUAAAGAUUAUAUUGAAUUUGUGGAAGGUUAUAAUUUACUCAAACAAAAUAAUGCUAAUAAAAACUCUGAUACAUCUAACCAAAGAGAGAUAGUUUUAGAACCUUCACCAGUUAAAGCCGUAAUUAAAAAGCUAUUGGGUAGUGCAAUAUGUGCUUUCAUAUUUAUGAAAUUUGUAAAAGAGUACCCAAUAAAAAGAAUUAGUGAUGAUGACUUUAUAGAAAAUAGCUCCGCAUUUUAUAAAAUAUGGUUCUGUAUGAUGUCUACCACAAUAGUGCGUUUUAAAUAUUACCAUGCUUGGCUUUUAUCGGAUGCAAUUUGCAAUAAUUCCGGCUUAGGUUUCACCGGUUAUGAAAAAGAUGGAUCAUCUAAAUGGGAUUUGGUAUCAAAUAUUAAUGUUUUAUCAUUUGAAUUUGCAACAAAUAUGAGAGAUGCUAUAAAUAAUUGGAAUAUAGGAACUAAUCAUUGGCUCAGGACAAUUGUUUAUGAAAGAGUUCCAAAGAAAUAUGGAACUAUUUUAACUUUUGCUCUAAGCGCAUUAUGGCAUGGUUUUUACCCAGGUUACUACAUAACCUUUGCCACUGGAGCUCUAUUUGUUGUGGCAGCAAGAACAGCUAGAAGACUAUUUAGACAUCGAUUCCAAAAAACUGUACUUACUAGAAUGUUUUAUGAUAUCGUGACGUGCUUAACAACACGUAUUGUGAUGGGUUAUACAACAUUUCCAUUUGUUCUCCUCGAGUUCAUGGGAAGCAUUCGUUUGUACCUGAACUUUUAUAUGUGCCUUCAUAUAGCCGCAAUCCUAACAAUAGUUAUUUUGCCGAAAUUAAUUCCUACUAGAGAAAAUAAAACUGAUAAAAUAACUCAGUCCAAUAGUUUAUCAUUGGGGGUUAAUGUUGAUAAAAAUGUAUUAAAUAAGCAUGGUAAUAAUAAUAUACAAGAAAAUACUUCAGUUGGAGUUACAGUUAAUGGUCUUUUUAAUUCUAAUGAUAUCAAUUCAAAUGGUAAAGAAGCAAUUCGAAUUCAACAUGAUGAAUGCGAAAUGGAUAAUUUAUCAAAUAAAUUAAAAGAAAAAAUUGAAAUUGAAACACGUAAUAUUGAAGAAUUUUUAGAUAAAACUGUUACAGGUAUAGUUGAAUUCCGUGAUGAUCUAAUGCGUAUGAGUGACUCCGAAAAAAUAUAUGUUCCAUCUGAUUCCAACUUAAGAAAACGUUCAAACUGUGAAAAAGUUGAAGGAGUUGAUGCGUUCUUGAAAAAAGAAAUAUGUGUUUUAAAUGCAGCUGUUCAGCAAGCUAACGUUAUUCCUGCAGUUUUAAGUAAUACACACGCAAAAUGAUUACUUACAUCAAGGACAUAAAUUUUCAAUCAAAGUUAUUGAAAUGAUAUUAUUAUAUUAAAGAAAAAAAAUGCAGAAUAAUGAAAAUAAAAUAAAAAUAAUUUAAAAAUUUACAAACAGAAAGCAGUUAAAUGAUGAUAAAUUGCUUAAUAAUAUCUUGUCAAUGAAGAUAUUAAAAAAUAAUAUUAGAACAUAAUAACUCAAUUAUAGGUUUUCAUUUAUUAUUUGUUGAUUUCUAAAAAAACGAAAAAAAACAUGAUUACAAUUAAAAAUGUAGAUAAUUUUAUUUAUGAUGUAAUUAUUCAGUUUAAUUAUGAUAAUAGUAAUGGUAUUACUAGCAUAAGCUGCAUUUACUUGGCGAAAUUAAGUGUACAAAAUUAUUAAAUUUUUGUUAAUACAGUUUACUACAUAAAUAUUUUUAAUCUUUUGAUAUAGCUAUUUUUGUUUUACAUUUCAAUAAUUUUUCACUAAAUUUUUUUUUAUGGAAUAAAUCGAUUAAUUUCUUAUAUUAUUAAAAAAAUAUUUUAAAUCCUAAAGAGCUUUCCUUUAUAAUAAAUUAAUGCUUUUUUUACUUAAGAUUUGGCUUUAAACUAUACGUUCUUUCUAUGUGUUUUUGUUAUAGUGUUAUCUCAGUACAAAAUGAAAUGCUAAGUUUAACUUUAGGAAGAUAAAGAAAAGGAAUAUAAGUAAUCAUUAUUAUUGUAGGACUAUUUUGCCAUAUUGGAAUCGGAUCUGUUAUAUAUAAAAGAUCCAAAGAUAUAGAAAAAAAAAAUAUAUAUAUAUAUAUAUAUAUAUAUAUAUACAUACAUUUUUUUGAAAUUGUUAUCAAAGUAAAAAGAAAUGGGUUUGGUAAUCUUUGUUAUACAUUUUUGUUCCUUUGAAAUAAUUACACAACAUUUCGCUAUUUAAAUUCACAGCUUUAAAAAAAAAAUUAAAUGUAAGUAAAAAUAAGAAAAGAAACAUUAUUACAUAAAACAAACAUUCACAAAUUUACUUUAAUUCAGUUUAUAAUUAUUUACUUCCAUUUGUACCUAAGCAUAUAUUAUUAAAAUUUUUCAUAUACACACGAUUUAUAUUUCAUGCUAAAAGAAAUCCUUUAUAUUAUUAACUAAAAUAAAAUGAA